AUUUCAAAAACGCAGAAUAUUUCACAAAUAGUUAUAAGGAUCAGAAGUGGUUUAUAACAUGGUAAAAUAACUUAUAUAUUAGACAACAUUAAUCAGCUUAAAUAAAACGUAAAAAAAUAAAUGUAAAAAACAUUGAUAACACUAAAAAAAAUGAAAAAGAAGAUUAAAAAGUUGAAAAUUAUGCUAAAAAAUGUAUGUUGAUAAAAAAAAGACUGUAAAAAUAAUGUGCUUAAAUGAACUUUGAAAACAUACAAUAACAAAGAACAAAAAUGAUGUUGUGAGCUACAAGUUACGCAAUGUAGUGAAAAUAGAAAAGAAGUGCAGAUUAUUACAACAAUAUUGUACACUUAACAUUAAACUAAAAAAAUGAAAAAUACUUCAUUAUAAAAAGUUCUGAACAUGAUAAAAACUGAAAUAUAAACUAAAAAAAAAACAAGAAAAGAGAAGUUCCUCUUUCAACGCAGUGAUGAUUUGACGACAGAAGGAGGCGCAAAAGUUCAGAGCUUGUGCUCAUUGGUUCUGACUUCUUUGCUCCUUAUUUAGAUCUGAACUUAAACUUUUAAGAAUAAUGAACUAGUGCUGAUCAAAUACUGAGCUCACGUGAUUUCUGCUUUUUCUGCAAAAACAUCCAGACUCUCUUUGCAUCGUUUCAAGUGUAAAUUUCUCAUGAGUUCUCCAGGAUUUGAAGUUCUUGUUAUAUGCUUUAGUCACCUGUUUUAAGAACCUGAACUUUGAAAUCCUGCAUCUGAACAUCAAUUUACCUGACGGAAAAACUCUCAAGGAAUAUAAAUGUGGUGACAACAUUAAACGGUGAAUCAUUUUAGGUGUAAAGUUUUAGUUUUAUUGCAACCGAAAGGAAGAAAUGCUUUAAUUUUAAUUUUAAUUCUGAAAAUAAAUAAUACAUGUCCAUGCUUUGCAUACGUUUGUGAUCUCUUCUGUGACAUUUGUGGAGGAUUCCUGUUCAUGUUCCAGCAGCUCCACGGUGCCCUCUGCUGGCCGGACGGUGCAGCGCUCCAGUGUGGCACAGAUCGCGCUCCGGCGGCUGUUUAUCAAAGUUUAGAGCAGAAGGUGGCGCAGGAGGAGGAGGAUGACGAGGAGGCGCUGGUAUAAAGCCGGAGCGCAGCACAUGUGCAGCUUCAGUGACAGCAGAGCUCUGCAGAGGAUCCCUAACGAGCACGAGCCUCCAGGAUUACUUCAGGAUCUCCGAGAACAAAGAUGGAUUUAAAAGUCUGGAUCUGUGUGCUGUCAGCGCUUCACACCUGCGCAGUUUUGGCGCAAACCUCCGCGCAGACUCCGUCCGCAGCUGGGGUCAGCGCGCAGCACCACGUGCGCCACAAGCGCUGCUCCUGCGCCACUUUCCUAGACAAGGAGUGCGUGUACUUCUGCCACCUGGACAUCAUCUGGGUCAACACACCUGAGCGCGUGGUCUCAUACGGGCUUGGAAACGCGCCGCGAGCCCGGCGAGCGCUCCCGGACUCCAUGGCAACCACCCGCGCGCCCCGCUGCCGGUGCGUCCGCGAGGACGACGGCAGCUGCGCAAACUUCUGUCACAGGCGUGAUGAUGAUGCGAGAGACGCGCCGCUUGGGACCAAACCGGGAGGAGGCACGCGCCACACUGACAGGAUGAAGAAGGACGUGGCGUGGAGGGCAGUUCUCAAAGCCCGCCUGCUGCUGCAGACCUGGAGGGACAGGGGGCGCCACAGAGCUAGAGCCCCGCCCCCUCCAUCUAACAACCCCCAGACACUGAGUGCAUCACUGGGACGGUUUUUGCAGAGAUCACCCCUUCCUCACAAAGGACUCCGGUUCUCUUCUGGACUCGUUUGAAGCCGUGGAUCUGGAUAUGUUCCACAGCAGAACUUUCAGCACCAUCUUCCCUAUUUAUUUAUUCACCCCCUCCUCCUCCAGAUCUCCAGACCACAUUGGUCCACCGCGCUGGUUUCUUCAUUUCUGUGAAAUGGUUUUUGUGUGAAUGUGCCAAAGCCCGGCACGAUUGAAUAAAAACUGAUAUUUAACUCUAAAGCUGGUCUGCGUGCUUCUUCUCGAGGUUUUUCACGAGUUUCUUCAUCACAUCACUGCCCUCAUCAUCAUCUGCAUCCCCUCAUCCACAUGUUUGAGGAUUUGAGGAUGCUCAGGAAGAAAAAAACGUUCUAAAAAUAAAUGGUUAGAUCUGCUAAAGUUCUGAACUUCCUUUUGACAACAAGUGAAAUAAGCGGAUUUUAUAUGAAAAUCAAAUUAAGAUCCUCUUGUAGCUCAAUUAUUAUUAUUACAUUAUUUCUGGCAUAUUAAUUUCAUUUUUAGGGUAAAAACUUAGGAUUUUCAAUAUUAUUGUGGUGGAUUUGAACAUUUAUGGAAUGUUGGGAACAAGCUUAACGUCUCCUAGCAAUUUGCUGAGUCAUGCUUUCUCAGCAGGGAGGGAGCCUGUAGGAGUUUUCUGUUUGUUUCUGCAGGUGAGUCAGGAGCAGCUCGGGUCUGCAGAUCCUGGUUGGUGCAGAAUCGGUUCCUCCGGUGAAAGGAGUCAGUCAGCAAACACAACUGUGAGGGAUGGAGCUUUUAUUAAAAAAAAAAAAAAAAG